AUGCUGUUGCCGCACGCAUUACAGCGCGGCAGCCGCUGUGCAUUUCCGAAAGCUUUGAGGAGCCUCCCUUUGCGCCCAUCAGCACUGGCAAAACCUCUACUCUCCGCAAAUACUCAGCGUCCGCAGUUGAGACGAGCAAAUGACCAACCUCAAAUACCAACCCGCAUACUCCACACCUCCAGCGCUCUCACCCAGCAAGCCCGGACAGCAACACCAAUACCCUCCCUCGGAAGCAAUGACGAUGACAGCACCUCCACGCCCCAGCUCCCCGCCUACCACCCGCCCACCACGGGCCUGCUCUCCCACCUACCCACCUCCGUCGUUCCCUACGCGGAGCUAGUCCGUCUCGACAAACCAGUGGGGACCUACUACCUCUUCUUCCCCUGCCUCUUCAGCACCCUCCUCGCCGCCCCGCUCGCCGCCCCCGUCGCCGCCCCGUCCGCCGUCCUCGGCACGUCCCUCCUCUUCCUCACCGGCGCCCUCGUCAUGCGCGGCGCCGGCUGCACCAUCAACGACCUCUGGGACCGCAACCUCGACCCGCACGUCGCGCGCACGCGGCUGCGCCCCAUCGCGCGGGGGGCCGUCAGCCCGGGCGCCGCCGUAGUCUUCACCGGCGCGCAGCUGCUCACCGGGCUGGCCGUGCUGCUGCAGUUCCCGCAGCCGGCCUGCUUCUUGCACGGCGCGCCCAGCCUGCUCUUCGUCGCCACCUACCCGCUCGCCAAGCGCGUCACCUACUACCCGCAGGCCGUGCUGGGCCUGACGUUCUCGUGGGGCGCCAUGAUGGGGUUCCCCGCCCUGCACGUCGAUCUGCUGAACGACCCCGUUGCCGCGACGGCCGCGGGUUGUCUGUAUGCCAGCUGCGUGGCGUGGACGGUGCUGUACGAUAUGAUCUAUGCGCAUAUGGACAUCAAGGACGAUGUCAAGGCCGGCAUCAAGAGCAUUGCCCUUGCCCACGAGAACAACACCAAGGUCGUGCUGUCCGGUCUGGCUGCCGUGCAGGUUGCUUUGCUGGCUGCCGCCGGCGCGACGGUUGGCGCCGGGCCUAUUUUCUUCGUUGGGAGCGUGGGAGGCGCGGUGACGACGCUGGGAACGAUGAUUUGGAGGGUUAGGUUGAAGAGCGUGACGGAUUGUUGGUGGUGGUUUAGGAAUGGGUGCUGGAUGACUGGAGGUGCCAUUUCAGCUGGGCUGUUGGGCGAAUAUUUUGCGCGGCUGUUUGGAUGGUAUGGAGAUGAUGUGGAGGAGAAAAAGGAGGAGAUUUUGGCGUGA